AUGUCGGACGAGAGCCAGAUAAACCAAGAAAAUCAAAAGGAAACCAGAAAAAAGGAUGAUAGUCCUCUAACCACCGAUGAGGUUAUAAAAGAUAAAGGAAAAGUUGAUUUUACCAAGGGUGGUGUUGAAAAUUACAAAUUUUAUCCUGAUAAUCCAGUCAACCAUCGUCACAAAUACAGAUGGUCUAUGAAGGAACCAUCCAAGUACUAUGAUCCAUGUGAAGAAAGUAGACAAGCGUCAAUUAAUUGUAUGUUGAGAAAUCAAGAAGAUAAGACAGUAUGUCAGGAUUUUUUUGACGCAUAUAAGGAAUGUAAAAAAGACUUCUUCAACAAAAAGGUAGCAGAUAGAAGACAAGGUAAAGGAGGAUGGGGAAUUUGGUAA